AUGUUGAAGAGUGAUGUUAUUGUUGUAUGUUGGUCAUCAAAAUAUUUAUUAGAAAUGAUAUAUGAAUGUGGUGGACCAUCAGUCCGAACUGCAAUUAAUAAUCAAAUUGAAAAAAAAUUGAAAAAUCCUUUAACUACUGUUAAAUCAGAUGGAAAUAUUAAAUCAAAAAGAAUUUAUUUUAUUCAUUGGCAACCAGAAUCACAAAUUGAUUUAGUUAAAAAAUCUCUUGAAAAUUUAAUAAGUAUUUGUAUGGAAAGAGCUGAUAAUGAUAAUUAUAAAAGUAUUGCAUAUCCAGCUAUUGGUUGUGGGGAUUAUAAUUAUCCAAUUGAUAUUAUUGCUCAAACAAUGGUUAACAAAGUUCAUCAAGAACAAAUUUUAUAUAAAAUGUCUGUUUCAUUUAUAAUUCAAUCAACAAAAAAAGAUAUUUUUUAUCAUUUUGAUAAACAAAUUAAUCUAUUUAAUCAAUCAACAUCAACUGAUUCUCUAUCGAAAAUUAUUCAAAAUGGUUUAAUGCAAAUUGAAAAAGGAGAUAUUACCAAACAAAAAGUUGAUGUUAUUGUUGUAAGUUCAUCAUCAGAUUAUCUUCGACAAAUAGUUAUAAUCGAAGGUGGUGAACAAGUUUAUGAAGCAUAUGAAAGAGAAAAUAAAACAAAUCCAAAUUCUUUAAUUAUCUCAACACCACCUGGAAAUUUAUUAUGUAAAAGAAUAUUUUUUCUUAAAUGGAUACCAGAUGAAAAUGAAAAUUUACUUCGACAGUCAAUUAUUGAUUUUAUUUGGAAUGUUAUUCAAAAUGUUCUUUCAUAUAAAUUUGAUUCAAUUGCAUUUCCACCAAUUGGUUGCGCUCAUUCAAAUAUUUCAACUUCAAUUAUAAUUAAAACAUUAAUUAAUCAAUUAAUUUAUCAAAUUAAAAGUCGAAAUCUUUCAUUAACUGUUAAAUUUGUUAUUUUACCUGAUCAAAAUGAUAUUUAUGAAGAAUUUUAUCAAGAACUUUUAAAAUGUGAACAAGAUAUUGAACAAACAAAUGAUGAUAAAGUUCCUUCAACAUGGGAAUUAGCAGCUGGAAAUUCUUUUCGUUUUAUUAUUUCAUAUAAACUUGAUGAGUAUAAAACAAUUGCAGAUGAAUUUUAUCGAGCGAUGAAAGGAAAAAUAAAAAAAAUACUUCAAAUUGAAAGAAUUCAAAAUGAACGAUGGUAUUUUCAAUAUUUGGCUCAUAAAAAAGAUUUUUUUAAAAGAUUAAAUAAAGAUACUGAAAAACGUUUAUAUCACGGAUGUCCAAAUAAUGCUGUUGAUUCAAUUAUUGAUGAUUGUUUUAAUAGAAGUUUUGCUGGUCUUCAUGGUACAUCAUAUGGAAUUGGAGUUUAUUUUUCAUCGGAUGCAACUUAUAGUCAUCAAUUUGCUAAACCAAAUUCUAAUGGUGAACGUUCAAUGUUUAUUGCACGUGUUCUUAUCGGAAAAACAACUUUAGGAAAUCCAUCAAUGAAAACUCGGCCUCCAGGAUUUGAUACAACAACUGAUGGAAGUCAUAUCUAUGUUACUUAUCAUGAUGCACAAGCAUAUGCUGAAUAUUUAAUCACUUACAAAUAA